GCACGUGCGACAACUAAACCUGGCGGGCCACCGGCCUUAUCUGCGGGCCUCUCCAUGACAGCACUGCUUGAGUCAGCGGUCCUCCUAUCUAAUGCUAAGUCACGGUUACUCUUCGGCGACGAGCCGCAGCCAGCCCAGCCCAGCCCAGCCCAGGCCACGCCCCCCGAUCGCCGUCUAAUUGUUACCUCACCGACACUCAUUUGCAUAGCGAGUGAAAAGGCGCGGGACGGGCAACGCAGGUGACUGCACGGCAGAUGAACACCGCGCCGCGGCGGGACACGCGGAGAGCCGCUCGUCUCCUUCAGCACCCGAAAGAAAGAAAGAAAGAAAGAAAGAAAGAGGAGUGAUCCGCCUGGGCGCGAGAGCGGCGAGCACGCGCUGAACACCGCAACACCCCGCAGGAUAUCAUGUCGGUGUCACCGGAAGUGUGGUAUACGGGGAGUUCCAGCCCACAGGACGACCCUGAGAGGGGCUCAGGCCAGCCCGAGUGUUCCAUUUGCUUCAACUCCUAUGACAACAUCUUCAAGACCCCCAAAGUCCUGGAGUGCCAUCACACCUUUUGCUUGGAAUGCCUGUCGAGGAUGAUGGCAGCCGUGCCCGCGGAGCAGGCCUCUGGACGAAUCCCGUGUCCCUUUUGCCGGCAGCUGACGUCCAUCCCAGAGAAGGGUCCACCUGCCCUCACCACCAGCCAAGAAGUGCUAUGCAAGCUGCCUGCCCACCUGCAGCACGAGGAGCCCGUGUGGAUGGACGGUGCCAAGCUCUGCUACAAGCGGGCCCCCGACGCCAACAGUUCAGAUUUCUGUAUCUGCAUCGACAUUGGGAUCUCAAAGACGGACCUCACCCCCCCACACAGGCCGCCUCCGUCCCGCCGGGUCUGGGGGUGCUGCAGGGCGUUCAGCGACAGGAAACGCUUCGUCCUGUUUGCCGUGUUGCUGGUGUUGCUCAUCUGUAUAAUAAUGUGGCCCCUGCAGUGCGUCUUUACCACCGGCAAUCUGAGGUGCUUCAGUCAGCAGGUCUCCGGGCCCACAGCCAGACCCGCCACCUCCUCUACGGGGCUUUGAGAGCGCGUUGAGCCCCCACACUACAGACGCGUGUUUACUGUGCCACCUGGCAGGAGCCGUGGAGCAACCUGGACGUCAUUGUGGGCUCAGGGGUGACAAGAGGAGGUACAUGACAAAGGCCAACUCGCGUUACACCGUAAAGUCAAGUCCUCCAGCCUUCUGUGCCGACAAUUCAAAGACUCGUUUUCAGGAGCAAAACUGUGGACAAGCAAACACACAAACUAAGAGUCCAAUGGGGGAGGCCACAGAUAAAUGUGAAGACCAAAUACGGUCAGUGGGACCCCCCAAUGAAGGACCAAAAGAAAAA